AUGGCUCAUAACAUGAGCUGGCGAGUUUUGCUGGCCACACUUCUGGCCAUCUCGCCCACUACAACAUUGGCUCUCCCCUGUGAUGGCCAACCUAACUACCAGGAAACGGGCAUGCUAUAUAGUGGAGGCUGUCCUCUUCCCGGGGUAUGUGCUUGGGGCAGUUGCUCCAGAGUCACCAUUGGACUCGACCCCAAACAAUGUGGCAAGCGUGGUAACUCAUGCAAGCCUGGAGAACUCUGCGUUGCUGGUGGAUGUUUGCCCCUGGACCUAGCAUCUGAUGAUUCAGAUACUAAGGACUGCACCCCUUCAUGUCAGCCUGGUCAGUGGUGUAAUGGAGGACAAUGUGCGGCAAUCCAGGUUGCAGCAAACUCUCGUCGCUGUGGUGUCGACAACAAAGAGUGUCCUGCUGGAUCUCUUUGUGUUAAUGACAACUGCCAAAACAUCAACAUCGGCUCGGAUCCAGCAUCCUGCGGACCUUCAAAUACAACCUGCAGUUCCGGCAACUGGUGUCUCGAAGGUGCUUGUGUCCCUUUUAUCCUUGGAACAAACAUCCAGUCCUGCAAAAGGACAAGCGAAUGCCCCCUUGGCGCAUCCUGUCGUGGAGGGUUCUGUCGUCAAGUUUUCAUCUCAACCGAUACCUACAAAUGUGGUGAAGGAGAAAGCAGAAAGAACUGCACUGCUGGCCAGCUCUGUGUCUCUGGGCAAUGUCAGUCACUCAGCAUAACCUCCGAAGUGGUCCAGACAGAGACUUGCGGCUCAUCUGGGCAGAUAUGCCAACCUGGAUCUUACUGUUUGGGCAACGAAUGUGUGCCCAUCAACAUCUCAGUCGAUCUUUCCCAAUGUGGAGGCGGCUCAGGAGCAUGCAAGAACGGCGAAGUGUGUAUUUCUGGCCAAUGUGUCAGCAACCUGGUCCACCAAUCCAAUACCCAAAGAGUUGCUUGUGGUGCUGGAGCUGGAGGCCCCGGUGCACGUCUACCUGGAGUGCUAGAUAAAGUGGAGGCAAUAAAUGGAGACACUGGGAGUUCCUCAAGCGGUGAUGGAUCAAGUGGUGGUGAUGCCGGCGACGGGCAGGAUGACGAUGGCUCAGGAGAGGGAGGAGACUCAUCCGAUGGAAGUGAUGCGACUUCAGCUCGACCAGAGGGGACUUCUGGCGAUGCUGGACGACAGGGAGAAGACUCAGCAUCCGGUGGAGAGUCAGGAGACGGCACAAACGGAGCAUCUUCUGACGGAAACCUCCCUGGAUCGGAUUCUGAUUCAGGCAACGACGGCCAAGACGGAGAUGGCCAGUCAGGUCAAGAUGGUUCCGACAACAGCAGCGCUGGUGGCUCUCAGAAUCAGAAUGGAGAAGAUACCGGCACAGGCUCUCCUGCAUCAGUUUGUAAUCCAGCAUGUACUGGAAACUCAGUUUGUAUCAACGGGCAGUGCUCAACAGUCAGAGACCCUUCUUCAUGUGGAGCUCCAUCCAGCCGUCUCAUGCGCUUGCUUCGCCGACAAGCUACAUCGGCCUGUGAGCCAGGUUUCGCCUGCAUCGACAACCAGUGCGUCGCUGCUGAUGGACCGGUAGACUGCGGUGCCUCUGGAGCAAACUGCCCAAUCAACUAUGCUUGCAUCCAAGACUCUUGUGUAGCCCUCGGUGACACAAGCUCUUGUGGAGGUGAGGCUUGCAGCAGUGGCGAGGUCUGCUUAGGCAAUGUCUGCACACCAAACAGUGGCCUAGCCGCUUGUAACAACGUCUCUUGUGCUACUGGAGAGACAUGCCAGGAUGGAGCUUGUGUCCCUAUUGAUGACUCCAGCUCCGGCUCAGGAUCAGGUGGUGUUGGCAGACCACAGGGAAGUGGUUCUGAUGAUGCAGCUGAUGGUGAUUCCCCUUCAGGCGAUGGUGCCGACGGAGAUGGAGGCCAGAAUGACGGCACCUCUACUGGAGGGGUAUCUGCUGAUGGAGACUCUCCUAACGGUGGCUCCUCAGGCGACGGCUCUUCAGGCAACGGUUCUUCAGGCAACGGUUCUUCAGAUGACGACCCUCAGAGCGGCAGCACACAAGGCCUGGGCUCAGAAGAAGACGGCUCUGAUGACAGUUCCGGUUCUGGGAACGAUAACGACGGAGCUUCUGGUGGUGAUACUGAUCCUGUUACUGUAUCACCUCAAGGAAACGGAUCCGACUCUGAAGGUGACUCAGAUGAUGGCGAAGACUCAGGCAACGGCAAUGGCUCCGGGUCUGACGGUGAUGGUUCAGGAGCGACACCAAGCUCUGGAUCACCAUCUGAUAACGGUUCUGGUGAUGACGGUCCAGAUGAUGGCAACGGUUCAGGAAAUGGCGAUUCCGGGAACACUGUCACAUCCAGCAGUCGCUCACAAACUACAUCAUCCCCGAAUCAAACCGGUAGUGUACAAGGAGGUGGAGGCUCAGAUGGCGAAGACGAUCCCGCGCCAAACAACUCACUACCUGCUGGUGGUGCACUAACAACCUCUCGGUCAGCGGGAUCCUCGGAUUCUUCACCAUCGGACGCAGGUAACUCGGGAACUGCAAGUCUUAUAGAUCAGACACCACCGACCACUGUUUUGUCUGAUGGCGCACCUGUCGUCAACCCUGGCUCAGAAGCAACAGGCGUGUCAAGCGACCCGUUGACUACUAUUCUGACUGAUGGUGCUCCGGUGAUCAAUCCCGGCCUAGACACAACAAGUUCCUCAAGCAGACCUUCGACUACAAUCUUAACGGACGGUGCGCCAAUCAUUAACCCUGCCGAAGAUAUCACAAGUAGUUCUUCAACCACAAGCUCGCGUGUGGUUGGUAACCCACAAGGAAUCCCAACUAGUGAAGUAGAUGGAGGAGGUGACGGUUCGUCGCCUACAGACGUUACUGACGGAGAAAGCAACACAGCCAUCCAAGGCUCAAGCUCAAGCUCAAGCUUAGGUUCAGGCUCAACGUCCAGAGGCUUCAAUAGCCAAGGAAGUAGCACGGCUAUCCAAGGCGCAGGCUCAAGCUCAGACUCGACGUCCACAAAUAUCAAUGGCCAGGAAAGUGGUACAGCUACACAAGGCUCAGGUUCAACUACCACAAACUCAAGCAAUGGACGGGAAACAGAGGCUCAGACAACAACGACCUCAAAUUUACCCCGCGAGACCGACUCCAUACCAUGCAAUACAAACGAAGACUGCGCUGGGCUCUCGGUAGGCCUAUGCGCACUUUCGGAUGCUGCUUGCAUUUGUCUGAAUCUACUUUGCCAACCUGAUCCUCAAAAUACAAGCUCAGCCAACAACCCAGGCCAAGGUGGAGAAACCACUGGAGCUUCUGGGACUGGUUCGACCGGAGGACAGUCGCCUUCCACUACAACCACAGGGUCAGGCUCCUCCCCUACUGAUGGGUCUCCCACAUCAUGCUCAGAGGACAGUGAUUGCAUACUCGAUGUUGAUCUCUGUGUUCUCGCAGGACUCAAUAUUUGUGGUUGCAUCAACGCAGUAUGUGUUCAAAACAUCGAUCCUGAUGCCAGCUCUACACAAUCCCAAGACUCUGCCACCACUUCUGGAACUCAAGGUACAGAUCCUUCAACACCUACAGAUGACAAUGGAGUCACAACUUGUACCGAAGACGAUGACUGUUUAGCCAACGUCGGUUUGUGUCUAGAUGGCUUACUCAACCUUUGCACUUGUGUCGAUGCAGUAUGUGUCAAGGACACAACACCAAGUGGUUCGCAAGCUGCAGGGAGCGGAUCUACAACAGACCCUGCGGCCCCCAGUACUACAACAGCAGGAAGUUUGGCUACAGACACUUCUGUGCCUUGUGGGUCCAACUCGGACUGUACAGCUGCUCUCGGAAUAUCGUUAUUGGGAAUUUAUGUCUGCGUGGACCUCAUCUGCGAGCUUCAGCCAACUUCAACAACUGGAAAUGGGGGCUCGGCAGCUUCAACGACUGGCUCAAAUAAUGCACCUUCCAUCACCGAGCCUAUUGACUGCUCUACAGAUCAAGACUGUGUGGCGGCUAUAGGAGUAGGUGCUUUGGGAAUAUUCGCUUGCAUCGAUCUUUUGUGCCAACAAACAGCAACACUUUCUGGCUCUAAUGCAGGCGCUACCAACCCCCCUUCUCUCCAGUUGGGUGAUGAUGUAGAAUGUUCCUCGGAUCAAGACUGUGUGGCAGCUCUUGGGGUGGGAGUCUUGGGCUUGGUUAUUUGCGUUGACCUUAUCUGCCAAGAGCGUACGACGACCACAAACGCUGCGGCUUCAACUACUCAGCCCACUGCUUCCAGCGCGACCGAUAUUGACUGUUCUACAGAUCAGGACUGUAUAGUUGCCAUUGGAGCAAAUGCUUUAGGUCUCAUCGCUUGUGUCAACUUGCUAUGCCAACCCGUGGCCAACCCUAGCAGUGGUUUCGUCACUCUCACAUCGGGUGGUUCUUCCAACCCAACUAAUGACCCAAAUACUGGCACUCCUGGAGCCCCAUGCUCGGACAAUAGUGACUGUACUGUUGCAGGCGAGAUAUGCGCCGCAGAUGGUUUCUGUCGAGUCUCAACUUCGAACACAGGCAAUGGGGCUGCUGACUCUUGUUCUGACAACGUCGAUUGUCUGUUAUCCCUCAGACCUCUCUGCCUCUUGGGUCUCUGUAUCUGUUUGGAUGCAGUCUGCGGCCCUGCUCCAGAAGUUGUCACCUGCACAGCCAACUCGGAGUGCGAUGCUGGGCAGAGCUGCCAGCAGGGCGCCUGUAUUGAUGAUGUGGACUGCUCUAGCGAGUCGGACUGCGUUGCGAAUCUUGAUCUAUGCACGUCGUUAGGUAUUUGCGCUUGUGUAAAUGGGCUGUGUAUACUAUGA